UUAAACACAUAAAUGGCAACGGAGCUUCAGUCUCUAACUGCAACUGCCCUUAUGAAGUGAGGUAAAAUUUUUGGGUAAACGUGUUACCGUGUGUAGUGGCCGCUUACGAUCUUAAUAAUUUUAAUUAAUUAUUAUUUACGAUGACGAAUCCUACAAUUUCAAAGAAAAGGAAGUUUGUUGCUGAUGGAGUUUUCAAAGCAGAAUUGAAUGAAUUCCUACGAAGGGAGUUAGCUGAAGAUGGUUACAGUGGUGUUGAAGUAAGAGUCACUCCUACCAGGACAGAAAUCAUCAUUCUGGCCACUAGAACACAAAAUGUCCUGGGAGAAAAGGGGCGAAGAAUUCGAGAAUUGACAUCUGUUGUUCAAAAGCGUUUUAACUUUCCUGAGGGAAGUGUCGAAUUGUAUGCUGAAAAAGUAGCUGCUCGAGGACUUUGUGCUAUUGCUCAAUGUGAGUCUUUGAGGUACAAGUUGAUUGGCGGUCUAGCUGUCAGACGAGCUUGUUAUGGUGUUCUCCGAUUCAUCAUGGAAAGUGGUGCUAGAGGAUGUGAAGUUGUAGUCUCUGGUAAACUUAGAGGUCAAAGAGCAAAAUCUAUGAAGUUUGUAGAUGGAUUGAUGAUUCACAGUGGAGACCCAACAAACUAUUAUGUUGAAACAGCUGUUAGACACGUACUUCUAAGACAAGGUGUGUUUCUUUUACUUGUCUCUUUAUUCUCCACUUAUAUAGAUUGUCUAAAAUAUGAACUCCCCAGACAUCUACCUGGACCUGUGGCUGUGACUAUAAUAAAGAGGCAUGACUAUUUCAAGUGGGGUGCAAGAUCACUGUUUUGGAGUGGUUUUGGCUUGGGUCCUCGAAAAAAGGUAAUCUCUUUCUUCGUUCUAUUGUGUUAGAAGCUACCCUCUCUA